AAACCAGAGGGAAGGAAGUCGUGCUGCUGCUCCUACCGGUGCCGUGGGCGUGGAUGCUGCCGCCUCCUCGCGCUGCCUGUGGCGCACAUCAAAUCUCCCCGAGAAACAGCCAAACCAAGCACCAAAAUGUAAGAAAACUCGCCUCGCGCUGUCGACGCGCACGCUCACCCCAAGCUCUUACUCCCCCACCUCCACAACCUCCUCCGGCCGCGGCCAUGGCUGCGGCCGCCGUCUCCUCCUUCUCCCUCCCCUCUCCCCCUCGCCGUCUCACCCCUCGCCGCCGCCGCGCCCCUUCCCUCCUCCGCGCCGCGUCCACCGCUGCGCCCCCGUCCCCCGACCUCUCCAUCCAGCUCUCGCCCCGCGCGUCUCCUCCUGCAUCCGCUAACGGCGCUGCCGCCGCUGCCAGACCCCCCGUGCCCGCCUCCUUCGCUCGCGACCGUGCCGAGAACCUGCAGGCCGAGGCCCGCGCCAUGACCCGCGCCGCCGGCGCCACCGUCUACAGCCCCGAGCUCCUCGCCUCCCGCUACGGCUCCCGCCCCUUCAAGGUGGCGCUGAGGGCGGCGGAGGUGCUGUCCAAGCUGGUGGCGUUCGGGCUGAAGGUGCUGCUGGACGAGCGGAGCGGGGAUUCGUCCUCGGCGAAGAGGCGCACGCGGGCGGUGGAGCUGCGGACCAUCCUCACUAGGCUCGGUCCGACCUUCGUCAAGAUUGGGCAGGGGCUGUCCACACGCCCCGACCUAUGUCCGCCCGAGUACCUCGAGGAGCUCGCCGAGUUGCAGGAUUCUCUACCCACGUUUCCUGAUGAAGAGGCAUUUGUGUGUAUCGAGAGAGAACUUGGCUUCCCACUCGAUUCGAUCUACUCGGCAAUAUCACCUUCACCAAUUGCAGCUGCAAGUUUAGGUCAGGUUUAUAAGGCACGGUUGAAAUACUCCGGGAAGCUGGUAGCUGUCAAGGUGCAAAGACCCGAUAUUGAGGAUGCCAUAGGGCUUGAUUUUUAUCUACUCAGGGGUGUUGGCUUCUUAAUAAAUAAGUAUGUCGAUAUUGUAACCAGCGAUGUUGUUGCCCUCAUGGACGAAUUUGCUCGAAGAGUUUUCCAAGAGCUUAAUUAUGUCCAGGAAGGCCAAAAUGCAAGAAGAUUUAAAAAGUUAUAUGCUGAUAAGCAAGAUAUAUUGGUGCCUGAUAUAUUUUGGGAUUACACAAGUGCAAAGGUUCUUACAAUGGAGUGGAUUGAGGGUGUAAAAUUAAACCAGCAGGCAGCUAUUGAAAGUCAAGGAUUGAAGGUUCUGGAUUUGGUGAACAUUGGUAUCCAGUGUAGCUUGAGGCAGCUUCUGGAGUAUGGUUACUUUCAUGCUGACCCUCAUCCUGGUAAUAUAUUGGCCACACCUGAGGGGAAGCUGGCUUUUCUUGAUUUUGGCAUGAUGAGUGAAACACCAGAGGAUGCAAGGGUAGCCAUUAUAGGACAUGUUGUCCACUUGGUCAAUAGGGACUACGAAGCGAUGGCUCAUGAUUAUUAUGCUCUAGAUUUUUUGGAACCUGAUGUGGAUGUUUCCCCAAUUGUGCCUGCUCUCAAAAGUUUCUUUGAUGAUGUGCUUAGCGCAACAGUGAGUGAGCUGAACUUCAAGACAAUCGUUGAUGGGUUAGGUGCUGUUCUCUAUCAGUACCCAUUUAAUGUACCGGCAUACUACGCGUUGAUACUGCGAUCACUCACUGUACUGGAAGGUUUAGCACUCUAUGCUGACCCUAAUUUUAAGGUGCUUGCUGCCUCAUACCCUUACUUUGCUAAAAGGCUACUCACUGAUCCCAAUCCAUAUCUCAGAGAUGCUUUAAUUGAGCUUCUAUUCAAGGAUGGAAAAUUCAGAUGGAAUAGGCUUGAAAAUCUUCUUGUUCAAGGGCGCCAAGAUAGAGAGUUUGCAGCCAAAGAUGCUCUACAACCUGUUCUAAAACUUCUACUUUGUCCUGAUGGGGAGGAACUGCGUGUGCUAGUUGUGAAAGAAGCAGUUCGUGUGACAGAAGCCAUCACUAUUGGCACACUGAUUGAUUCAUUCAACGCAGCUCCAGAAUUUUUGAAGCCAUUAAUUUCCAAUGGCAAUCCUGGCGGACCCUUCAAACUGAGUGAGGUUGAACGUGGACAAAUGAUUGAGCUCCGAGACCAGGUUUUCAGAAUAUGGGGUCUUUUGAGAUCCUCGGAUAACUUUGAUCCAAGCCUUUUGCAACCAAUUGUACAGGUGCUACAAGAGCCAGAGGCCCGUGUUCUGGGUUCUCGUGUCGCAGGAGGCGUCACACAGCGUCUUGCGGCCCGCCUAUUGCAGCAGCUUCUCAGGACUCCACCUAUUCCUUGAUCAUCUCAGUAGAUAGGCUCCCACGGAAGCAUGUAAAUUCACAUGAUACUUUUCACAGGAAAUGGAAAGGAAAUAUAACUCACAAGUCAAAAUACAGCUAGUUUCUUCA